CAGCCAUUUGUGAUCAAGACGAGAAUAACACCGCUUCGUCUCUUGUGUGUGUUUUUAUUCAUCCUUCUGAUUUUUACUGUUUAUACCUAGUGAUCUAAGUGAUUCUAUGGUGAUUUUCAUAUUGUGAAUUCAUAUAUUAAUUACCACAGACAUUAAUUAAAGAAACAUUAAUACGAGUACAUUCUUAUUAGUAAACAGUUAUACUAUUAUAAUUCGUAAAAUCAGAACUUUGAUCCUAUUUGUAUAAAUAUUUCACAUAUAUCAUAUCAAAAUUUUAUCUGUUUCUUUUUACUGUGUGAAUUAUAUUACUGUGUGUAUUAUAUCCGUAGUCUUUCUCUUUUUCUCUGUCUCUUUACAAGGAUUUCAUACAUACAAAGUGUAGAGAAACAUAGAAUUAACUUAUUCGAACAGUGCCAUCUGAGAGGUGAAAUAUCUGUAAAUUUGAUACCGUAUUAAUUUUUGAAAUGGGAUUAUUUGGAUAUAUCAAGAGGUACUCUGGGAUAUUCCUAGCAGAUGUAGCGACUUCGAUAGGCCUUUAUUAUUUAUGGAACAAGGGACAUAAGUACUUGGUUCCAACGGUGUCCUUAUGCGGUAUCGGUGCCUCUUACCUAUAUUGCCAUCUAAAAUCUCGAGACAAACUGACUUCGAAUGAUGUGAUUGUCAUAACUGGCUGCGGUUCAGGGUUAGGAUACAGUCUGGCUCUGUAUUGCCGACAACUGGGGGCAACUGUAAUAGCGGGUGUAUUACAAAUGGAUAGUCCCUCGGUUCAAAAACUAGAAGAUGAAGGAGUAAUCGUUUUCCCUUUAGAUCUCAUGGAACUGAAUAGCACUACAGGUUUCACGGAUUCCGUUCGUCGUACUAUAGCGGAAAAAAGAUUAGUGUUACGAUGUGUAAUCAAUAACGCAGCCGUGAUGGUCUUCGGCGAAUUCGAAUGGCAAACGUAUGGGCAGCUUAAGAAUCAGUUGGAAGUUAACUUUCUUGGUGCUAUGAUAGUCACGCAAGAAUUGAUGCCGAUUAUCCGCGCCCAUUAUAGUCGGAUUAUCGUAGUCUCAAGCCACUGUAAGACGCAGCCAAUUCCAGGAGCUUCGGUUUAUAGUGGAACCAAGGCUGCUAUUAGCGCCUGGGCCACAGGCCUUAGGGUGGAGUUGAAGAAGUAUGGCAUCAGAGUUGUUAGCGUCGUUCCUGGUAACCAAGGUUCCUUCAUUAAAGAGAGCAAUAUAUUUACUCGACAAGCUGACCACUUUGAGGCGAUGAAGUGGGUGAUGCCCAAAGAGGUACAAAAGUUUUAUGGUGAAUACUUAUAUAGAUAUAUGAAAUAUUUCUCGUCCCUGGUGAAAAAUACAACUGUACAAACGAUACGGGACGGUCGUAUCUAUGAAAUCUUCGAAGGCGCUCUUCUGGACAGAUAUCCAUCGGCAACCUACAAGAAUGAAUCAUGGCGUUAUGCGAUUUACCAUACCUUGUUCACAAUCACACCAACCUUUUUGCGUGAUCGACUGGUCGAGAGGUUCGUACAUGCCCCUGCAUGGACGAAAGAGGAUGCUGAAAAAUCUGUGAAAAGCGCCCAGAAAGCGAUGAAUGGAUUGUAUAAUAAUUACUUCGAACAGUGAAACGAGCAGCACAUACCAAGAAGCAAAAAUGGCAAUCCUCACCUAUGUGUACGUCUUCGCGGUGCUCUUCAUCGCCGAUUCGAUGCAAUCAUCGUACGUGCCCUGUAAUGCCGGUCCAUCCCCCGUGAGCGUGGAGAUCUUGGGAUGUUCCUCUUUGCCCUGCAAUUUAGUGAGAGGAAAGACCGUUGAGG